AUGGCCCUCUACUGCGGCGACAACUUUAGCGUGUACCCGCAGGCAGCCGCCGCCUCCUCCAGCGCCACGCAGUCCCCCAGGGCUCCCUACGCUCUUCCGGAUUACGCUCCGCCGCCGCCCACCGCAGCUAACCCCUACCUGUGGCUCAAUGGGGCGGCCGGCGUGGGGGGAUCCUCGGCCGCCGCUGCCGCCGCUGCAGCCGCCGCCGCUGCUUACCUGAGCCCCGGACCGCCGGCGCCCCCGCCGCCGCCGCCACCCUCCGGGGGCUCCGCUGGCCCAUUCCUGCAGCCUCCUACGCCGCCCGCGGGACCCUUCGGCUGCCCGCCACCUCCGCGUCCCUUUGCCCCCGCGCCCGCCCCGCCGCCCCCGUCUGGCCCCGGGCCGGGACCUGGCUCGCCCUCUGGGGCCGCCGCUGAGCUGGGCUGGCUGUCGCUGGCCAGCCAGGAGGACCUGCUCAAGAUAAUGCGGCCGCCCUACUCGUACUCGGCGCUCAUUGCCAUGGCCAUCCAGAACGCGCCCGAGCGCAAGCUGACGCUCAGCCACAUCUACCAGUUCGUGGCAGAAAGCUUUCCCUUCUAUAAGCGCAGCAAGGCGGGCUGGCAGAACUCCAUCCGCCACAACCUCUCCCUAAACGACUGCUUCAAAAAGGUGCCCCGCGACGAGGACGACCCCGGCAAAGGCAAUUACUGGACUCUUGAUCCAAAUUGUGAGAAGAUGUUUGACAAUGGAAACUUUAGGCGGAAGAGGAAACGGCGCACGGAACCCAGCAGCAGCAGCUCCUCAGUGGCCGGGGGGAUCUCUAAGCCCGAAGAAGGAGGGGGCCCCGUAAUAGUGGUGAAGCCUGAAGCUGGAGACAGCCCUCCGUCCCUCCUGGGCCCCUCCCCCUCCACUCCAGAAUCUCCGGAGGAGCCCAAGAGCAGCGCCUCACCUCCCAGCGGCCCUUUACUGUCCUCCACCCCCUGCCUCAAGUCCUUCUUCAGCGGCCUCAGCAGCGCCAGCGGUGCAGGGAGAAGCCACCAACCCAGACACCUGGGGCUACCUGGCGUUCCCGCGGAGCUCUCCUCGCGGGGCCUCCAGGGGGCGCAGCGGAGCGCGGCCGCCGGCUUUCCCCCUAGCUCCCUGUCUGAGGCUCAGCCCGAAGCCUUGCACUUGGGCAGCAGUAGCAGCGGCAGCGGCAGCAACAUCAGCAGCCCUCGGCCCUCCUCCUAUUACAGCCCCUUCCCCACCAGUGGCGGCCAGGGCAGCCACUUCAACAAUCCAUUCUACAACAGCUUCAGCGUCAACAGCCUCAUUUACCCCCGGGAAGGCUCCGAGGUGUAA